GUCAGAUCCAUAAAAUGUAAAUAAUGGGAGCUGAUAUAGGGGGUAAUCUUUAUCAGUGAAUGGUCACUCAAAUAGAUUUCAGUAUGUCGAAGAACGUUACACAACAUGGAACUGUUACCUAAGUGGAUGGCUCUUGAGCAGCCGGAAAGCGAUCGAGCCCUUGGUCUGGAAUCACCAGUGCAGUACAGGGAACGAUGGAUAUCGAUCCGCAUUUUCUAUUUAAUUGGGUUUUUGCUCUACUUUGCGUUCAAUUUAGUGAUAACUGGAUUGUGGCCAUAUUUGAAGAUUUUGGAUCCGGACGCUGACAAGACCUUUCUUCCCUAUCUGUUUGCUAUGCCUUCGAUCAUGCAGCUGGCGUUUAGCCCGAUAUUUGGUUGGUGGAACAAUAGGCUUCCGUCAGCUCGUGUUCCUAUCGUUAUUGCGCUGGUUGCGUUCGUUGUCGGUCAUGUCGUUUACGCCGUACUUGAAGAUAUACCCAUCUAUCGAAAGGAAAUUCUUCUGCUGUCACGAGCCGUUGCAGGAUUAGCUACCAUAACUAGCACUAUAUAUCGAGCUUACAUAUCGUCAGCUACGACGGUUGCGGAAAGGACACAGACCGUAUCGCACAUAAAUCUUGCUCAUACACUCGGUCUGUUAGCAGGAUCAGCACUCCAGCCAGUUUUGGCCCAAUUGGGAACAGAUGGAAUUGUUCUGCUGGGGUUCAUUCGAUUCAAUAUGUUCACAUCAAUGGGAUGGAUCAGCGCUGCACUGGGGUUUAUCAUUCUAAUGUUGAUGAUGCCCUGCAUAUUCAAGGAUCACCAUAUAGCGGUUAAAGAAAUUGCGAUGCAGAAUAGUGAUGCUGGAAUGGAUAAGGUGUGGAUUCCUGACCGUGUACGCAGUCAUCCCAUAGCCUUGACGCUCGUGGCGUUUGCUUUGGUGAUGUUUGCUUUCAAAGCAGAGCAAUCGUAA